AUGUCAGAAAAUAAUGCCGCCAGGAAUUCUCAAUCCAAAAGUAAAAUAGCCAUUAAACCCAGCACUUCAUCGCCGGCCAUGGAUUAUCGUGUUCUUUGGAUCAGAGAAACAAUAUUGAAGCUACUUGAACUUACUGAUGAUUAUAAUCUUUUCAACGACCUUUUGAACAGUAAUAAUCAUGCAAAUGAAGAAAAACUAUUGCAGUUCUUAAAUACUGAUACUUACGAGAAUGCAGAACUCGAAAAAAAAGUUGUUUAUUUUUACAAAUCUCAGAGAGCUGAAAUUAUACAAGAGGAAGUUUCUGUAUGGGAAGAAGAUAAACGAAAGACAAAAGGCAAAGGUGCUAAAAAAACUAAAUCGAAUAAACCGUCACGUAAAAAUAGCAAAGCUAAACUCGAUCGCACUGAUUCCUCGAUCGAUCAAGCCCCCGAGGAAGAAAAUGCCGAAGAAACAACAGCGUUACGAAUCGAAGACGAAGAAAGCCACAUCGAUGCCGAUGCUAACGAGGAAGAAAUUGAGAACGAGGAUGAGAAAGAUGAAGUUAUUUCCAUUGAACACAAAGAGUUGGAGGAUGUCGAUUUCGUGCCUCCUCCUGGUAAAGAAGAAAAUUACAUACUCACCAGAAAAGUAGUCGAUCGCGAAGUGCUGAUUCCCGUACUUCAUUGUGUUUUUGGCGAGCUCGAUACGUCCGACGAAGAAUUAAUCAAGCAGAGGCUUAUUUUCAUGGUGCGCUCGAGCGAAUCCGCCAUACCGACGUUCAACUCGCUGGACGAUGCUUUCGAUGAGAUGCCGUCGCACCUGCUCCUUGGCUCGCUGCAACCCGACACUCUCGAAAGUCUGAAGUCGAUGCUGGAAAAGGUUUUUAGGGAGAUAUUGAAGAUGCAGUCGCUCGGCAAAGAUCAAGCUCAAAAAGUGAUAAAGGAGAACGGAUACGAUGCUGCGAUCGACCUAAUCCAAGCCGAGGAGCUGAAUUUGUCAAAGAGCAAUUUGCAACGCGACCUCGACUCACUCAUCGUUUCAAUGGACAGAUCUUGGGACUCUCAAGACGAGAAUCUCCUAUCGGCCGUAGACGUUUUUGCGGGCGUCAGCCGCAACAAGAAGGACCUCGAUCUGUCGAGAGACGCAAAAUUUGUUCGGUUGCUCGAAGAGACGGUGAUGUCGUGGGAAAAGCACAUUCAAACGGUCAUAGAUCGGUACACGGCCAAAACAUUGAUGGGCCGCGACCCGAUGGCCGAGUACGACUACUGGCAGGAUCGGGAGAUCGGCUUGUCUCAGCUCGUGCAUCAGCUCAAGAGCGGCCCCGUGCAGCGAGUCACGAACAUUUUGGAUCUGGCCAAUUCGGCCAUAGGCGCGGGCUUCGAUCAUUACAAGCGCGAGAUCAACGAUCUCUACGCCGGUGCCAAGGAAAAUAACAAAUUUCUCGGUACGGUCUUGAGGCACUUUAAGGUGAUCGAGACUGCCGAGACCUUCGCCGGAAUAGAGAGUACCAUACCGCCUCUUUGGGAGCACUUGCGCAUGAUCUGGAUUUUAUCGAACUAUUAUUCGAGCGAGGAGCAGAUGGUUUCGCUCAUCGAAAAGAUAUCCUGGCAAUUGGUGCAAAAUGUCCGCAGAAACAUGGGAAUUAGACAACUUUUCGAGCUACCGACGCGCAAAAUUUUGGAAAAGACCGAGUCUGUGCACAAUAUGCUGACCCUUUGGAAAAAGUCGUACCUCGCAACUCGCCAGAGCAUCGAGUCAUCCGGCAAGGGCAAACGCUGGGAAUUCGAUCAAGUGAGGCUCUUCAAAGACACGGACUACCUCGCUCGGGUCUCGGCCAAUCUCAACGAGGUCGCCGGAGUGAUGCGCGACUUCCACAAUAUAUUCGGCGAGGAGCUCAAGUCCAUCGUCGACGAUCCGGCCCGAGUCGACAACAUAGCCGAGCGAGUCGAUAAUCUGCUCGGGCCCAUAAAGAACGCGGAAAACGAGGCUUACAACGAGUACAACCACGACAGUUGGGACGCGACCAUGUCCUGGUUUCGUGGCGAGGCCGAGAGACUCGAGAACGAGGCGAAGAUGUUCGUCGACGAGAUUUUCGGCGCUCUCAUCAGGGCCGAGGAGGCCCUCAUGGUUCUCAUGAAAUUCAGAAACAUCAAGACGAGAGAGGCCGUGCAAGAGCGGCUCAUUAUGAAGUUCGAUCUGAUCAUGAAGCAGUUCAGCAAAGAGAUCGACGAGAUUGAGAACAUUUUUGAAAAAAAUAAGCGUCACCCUCCGAUACUGAGCGAGCAUCCACUGGUGUCGGGAUCCAUAUACUGGGAGCGUCAAUUGUUCCAUCGAAUGAAGAGUCCUGCCUUAGUUUUUCAGCAAGUCAAGGAGCUCGAAGAGAGCGAACUUCGCCACAUAGCUUUCGAGCAUUACGUGAUUCUGGGCAAACGCAUGAAGGACUUCGAGGAGCGAAAAUUCGAAGAAUUUUUGAAAAAAGCUCAGAAAAGAAUAUCUGUUUCGAUGCGCCGUAACAUCCUUGCCCUCAAACCAAUGGAGAAAAAAAUGUCCGAGGUCAUGAAGGCGCCAUCAAAAACAUUGAAGAUCAACGUGAUGUCAAAAUCCGGCAGUGGCGACAUGCGCUCGGUCACCGGGACGAUAUUCUCGAGGGGCGAUAAGAGCAGUUUCGCCGCCCCUGCCUCCACCACGGAUGAUAUUAAAUCCAUUGCUACCAGUGGAAGAACCACCUUCACUUUUAGGAGCCAAUCCACGAGAUUCGAUACGAGGAUGUCCAAGAGUCGAACUUCCAGCAUCGCGUCGACUAUAACGCAAGACAAAUUUCAAAUGCAUAUGAAGAAAAAUGCCGACAUAUUGCGUGGCGCGCUGCUCUUGGAAAACCAGAUUAAACUUGCAGUUAAUUUCGACGUCGAAAUAUUCGAGGUCAUUCACGAAGCUGAGCUGCUCGAGCGGCUCGGAUUCGAGCUGCCCAAGACAGUCAGAGACAUCGGCUUACAGAAACUCAGGCUGCACGAGGAUUGCGCCAUCGUUCAAAAGAUGACCGAUCUUUACCAGCGCAUUAUCGAGAAAUUUGAUGACGCUGAGAUUUUGCUUUUGAAAAAGGCACUGGAAGAAGUAGAAAAAAAUAUUCAACCAGGUGUGUCGCGGAUAAACUGGUACUCGCUUCGGAUAAAGGAUUACGCUAACACCUGCAUCAACUCGCUCAAGAAACUUAAUGCUCUAGUUGGGGAAGUUGAUUUGAUAAAAAUGAAUAUGGAGCGCCUCAUCGACGAUGAUAUCAGUCGUUACAAUUUGUUCUCAAUCAAAAACAAAAAACAAGUUCCAAUUUAUCGAGGAUGCCAAAGCUCAAGCCUAAUAAUGAGUGUUUCGCAGGAUUUUUUCGAUCAAAUCAAGAUAACAAGAACCGAACUGAUUAAUCGAAUGAUCGAGUCUUAUAGAAAGAUGGGCUCGUUGCUGCUAAAACUACAAACUAUAGUUGAAGGAACAAACGAUGGAAGGAGUCCCGCCAUGUUGCUGUACUACGAAAAAUUCGAGCAGAAGAUAUUCGGGGCUUUUAUAACAUGCUUCUUGCAGAACCUUGAGCAUUUGAAAAAUCUCUUAUUGCUGAACGAGCCGAUAUUUUCUGUCGACGCCGUUCUCAUAUCAAAGGAUCUGGUACUGAAGCCAAGCCCAGCGGAGAUAUACGCCUCGAUAAUGCAGGAUAUUUACGAUCUUAUGGAACGACUUCGAGCAUUUCCCCGAUGGAUGGCCGGUACUUGUCUCGAGUGUGCGCCUAUUAGAGACGACUUCACUUUGGAAUUUGAGACUUUCAGCUUUUUCGAGGACGUCAUGAGCGUCAAGUCGAUAAAUGAGCUCAUCGUAAACGUGCAAACGAUAAGCCAGCGAAUCUCGCAAGAGUGCGGACGCUUCAUCAAUAAGUGGAAACAACGAAGUGAGCUCUGGACCAAUGACAAAAUUAAGGAGUGCACCAAAUUCGUCGCCACUAAUCCGACUCUGCAACAAUUCGACGAGAUGUUUUGCUACUACGAUCAAAUUGUCACAGAAAUCAAUGAAAAGCCCGAUUUCUUCAACAUAUCCAGCGUCAUGGUAAAUUUGAAGCCCCUUAAGGAUAGCAUAAUAGAGCACGCCAACGACUGGAAGCAGACUCUGGGUGACAUGCUCCAAGAGAAAACCGAUCAGGCCAUGAAAAAAUUUGUCGACAAAAUGAAAAAGUACGGCCAUGAAAUCGAGCUCUCGAUCAAUGGCUUGGAGCGUUUCAAACUGGUGAUGCAGCGUAUCAGUGACGUCAGGCAAAUGGCUAUACAGGCUGAACUGGACUAUUUGCGAUACCAAGAAACCUUCAGGGUGUUACGAGUUCACAAGAUUGAUUACAAUGAACAACACGAAAUUUUAGCCUACGAAUUGCAAACAAAGUGGCAAACUUUGUACUCGGCAGCUCUCUAUAGAUUCAAAAAUCUUGAGAGCACCAAAGACCAAUUCCGUGAAAUGACUAGACGCGAGAUCGACGAUUUCAAAGUGGUCCUUGCAACGUUCGUUGAUCAAUUCGAAUUAGAAGGGCCCAGCAGUUGUGGAGAUGAUUUGGACAAGGGCAUGGAACUUAUGGAUGAAUAUAGCAAGAUUAUCCACAAAUUGGAGCUCAAACUCGAUGAUCUCAGCAAAGCCGAAAUACUAUUUGACCUGCCAGCAGCGGAUUACUCUGGCUUCAAAAAAAUCAAAAAGGACUAUGACGACAUGGUGGAACUAUUCAAAGUCUACGAGAUACAGCGAGAAGCUCGAGAAGCUUGGGCCAAAACACUUUGGGCUGAUCUCGAUCCACAGCUACUUAUUGACGGCAUGGACACUUUCCUCAAGGAUUUCAGGAAGAUGCCGAAACACAUGAGAAACAUGCCGGUUGGUUUGGCCAUAGAGGCCAGCAUGAAGAACUUCAAGAAUUCUGUGCCUUUGUUUGUGGAACUAAAGAACGAAGCAAUGAGAGAGCGUCAUUGGCAAGAAUUAAUGGAAAAGACUGGAAAAUAUUUCGAUAUGUCGCCCGAUAGGUUCACUUUGGAAAACAUGUUUGCGAUGGACUUGGCACGCUACCAGGAAAUAGCGGAAACGAUCGUCAACAAUGCCGGUCGUGAACUUGCCAUAGAACGCGGAGUCGAGGAAAUUGCCAAGGUCUGGUCAGACAUGAAGUUUAAGCUUAUGCGUCACGAAAAAGGCGGGGAAGAUCGAGGUUUCGUUCUUGGCAGUCUCGACGAGUUAAAUCAGAUUCUCGAAGAUAACACGCUGAAUCUUCAAAGCAUGUCAGCAUCGCAGUUCAUUGGACCUUUUUUGGAAGUAGUGCAAAAAUGGGAGCGUGCCAUGCGGACAAUUGCAGAUGUCAUCGAGGCUUGGUUAGAGUUGCAAAAUCGAUGGAUGUAUCUCGAAGGCAUCUUUGUCGGUGGCGAUAUCAGGUCCCAAUUGCCCGAGGAAGCCGCCCGAUUUGAUGCAGUUGACUCGACUUUUCGCAAUAUUAUGAUCGAAACCGAAAAAAAUCCCAACAUUCUCGCCUGUUGCUCUGUACCUGAUCGCAAAGAAGAAUUUAUAGCUCUCGCCAUGGCUUUGGAAAAAUGUCAAAAGUCUUUGUCCGAGUACUUGAAAAGCAAAAGAGCAGUGUUUCCUCGAUUCUGUUUCAUCAGUGACGAUGAAUUAUUGAGUAUUCUUGGAAGCUCUGAGCCAGAGGUCAUUCAGGAGCACGUCGGCAAAAUGUUCGAUAAUCUUGCGAAAUUCCGCUUACAACCUAAUAAUCAAGAUCGAACCGUUGCCACAGCGCUGAUUUCGUCGGAAGGCGAAGUAAUGGAUUUCAGAAAUCCCGUGUUAGCCGAAGGCAGUAUCGAAAAUUGGCUAGUUUUGGCUUUAGAUGAGAUGAGAAAGUCAAACAGAUAUCUGACAAAAAAAUCAGUCUUCGAUUAUGGCAAAUUAACAAAACCAAGAGUCGAGUGGAUGUUGGAUUUUCAAGGCAUGAUGAUCCUAGUUGCCAAUCAAAUAUGGUGGACGGCUGAGGUUGAAAAUGUGUUCGAAAAGAUCACUAUGGGCCAAAAGCAUUCCAUGAAAGAAUAUCUUCAGCAGCUUAAUAAUCAACUCGACGAAGUUGUCAACUUGAUGGGGGGAGAGACCUUAACGAACAACGAUAGAAUAAAAUUAGACACGGUACUGACGAUUGACGUUCAUACUCGAGAUAUAAUAGAAAAUUUCGUACGAGACAGUAUAAUGGAUGCUUUGGAAUUUGAAUGGGAGAGUCAAUUAAGAUUCUACUGGAUUCACGAUUUAGACAAUUUAUGGAUGCACCAAUGCUCUGGAUUGUUUGAAUACGGCUACGAGUACAUGGGACUGAACGGACGACUAGUCGUCACUCCUCUGACCGACCGAAUAUACUUGACCAUCACCCAAGCCCUGUCGAUGCAGCUUGGCGGGGCACCAGCUGGUCCCGCGGGUACCGGAAAAACCGAGACAACCAAAGAUUUGGCCAAAGCCCUGGGUCUGCUCUGUGUCGUUACCAAUUGCGGCGAGGGUAUGGAUUUCGUGGCUAUUGGAAAGACGCUCGGAGGUUUGGCCCAGUGCGGUGCCUGGGGCUGCUUCGACGAAUUCAAUCGGAUCGAUGUCUCGGUGCUGUCGGUCAUUUCGACUCAGCUGCAAACCAUCAGAUCCGGCUUGCAAAACAAGGUCACUCGAUUCGUCUUUGAAGGCCAGGAGAUAGCGCUGGACUCGAAAGUUGGCAUAUUUAUCACCAUGAAUCCAGGUUAUGCCGGUCGAACCGAGCUACCCGAAUCCGUCAAGGCUUUGUUUCGGCCAGUAGUCUGCAUAGUCCCCGACAACGAGUUGAUAUGUCAGAUCAAACUUUUUAGCGCUGGUUUUCUCACUGCUAAGGUCUUAGCCAAAAAGAUGACCGUCUUGUAUAGUUUGGCUCGCGAACAGCUCAGCAAGCAAACUCACUACGACUUUGGCCUACGAGCCCUCAAGUCCGUGCUCAACAUGGCCGGACAAUUGAAGAGAACGUCUGGAAAUUUAUCGGAAAACGUCGUGUUGAUGCGCGCGCUUAGGGACAUGAAUCUGCCAAAAUUCAUAUUUGACGACGUGCCGCUAUUCUUAGGACUCAUUAAAGAUUUGUUUCCUGGCUUGGAUUGUCCAAGAGUUCGUUAUCCCGAUUUCAACGACGCAGUUGAAAAAGCCCUCCAAAGCAAAGGCUACAUAGUCAUUCCGGAGCAGGUCGACAAAGUCGUACAGAUGUAUGAAAUGAUGAUGACUCGGCACUCGACGAUGAUAGUUGGUCCAACGGGCGGCGGCAAAAGCGUCGUCAUUCAAGCCCUUUGCGACGCUCAGACUCUUCUUGGCAAACCAACCAAGCUCUACAUUUUAAAUCCCAAAGCUUGUACGGUCAUCGAACUAUACGGAGUUCUGGAUCACGCGACCAGAGAUUGGACCGAUGGUCUGCUCAGCAACAUUUUUCGAGAAGUCAACAAACCUUUGCUAUUGGAUCCCAACGAGAAAAGGUACAUACUAUUCGAUGGGGACGUCGAUGCUCUUUGGAUCGAGAACAUGAAUUCCGUUAUGGACGAUAACAAGAUACUCACUUUAGCUAACCAGGAGCGAAUAAAAUUGCAAGAUCACUGCAACUUGUUAUUUGAGGUUGGUGAUCUGCAGUAUGCCUCGCCAGCAACGGUUUCUCGAGCUGGUAUGGUCUACGUCGAUCCUAAAAAUUUGGGUUUUCAACCUUACAUGGAUAAAUGGGUCAAUUCUCGUAAUGAAUCUGAACGAAGCGUAUUAAAUUUUCUAUGUGAAAAGUAUGUCGAUGCUGGGAUAAAAUUGAUAAUAGACGGUUUGCUCGGACUGCAACAAGUGAAACCUUUGAAACUGAUAGCCCACCAAACGGCUUUGAAUAUGGUCUCUCAAUUCUGUACAACAUUUGACAUACUCUAUCCAAAACCGGAGGUCGAUGAAUAUUUGCGAGACAAUGAUGUCGAGUACACCGAAGAAGAAGAGAAUAGAUUUGCCGAAAAAGUUCAAGAGCGCAACGAAGUUCUCGAAGCCGCAUACCUACAGUCCGUUUACUGCUCGUUGGGCGCGGCCAUUGUGGCGGAGUCGCGUCGCGAAUUCGACGAGUUCAUGAAAAAAUCGUCAGGUCUGAUGAUGGUAGAAGAUUCCAUUGAAAGGCCAGCGACGACUCGCUACCUGCCAACCAAGUAUCCACUACUGUACGAUUACUUGUUGGAUGUGGAGAAGAGAGCUUGGAUACCUUGGAAGUAUUUGGUUAUGAAGUACGUCCACGACAGAAACAUGAGUUUCAGUGAGAUUUUGGUACCAACGGUCGACACAAUGAGGGCCACUUGGUACGUCAGUCUCAUGGUUAAUGCUGAAAAGCCAUUGGUACUUAUAGGAGAGACUGGAACAUCCAAGAGCGCCAUUCUCAUGGACUUUUUGAGACGUUUGAAUCCCAACAAAUUCAGUUACUUGCCAAUUAAUUUCUCAUCGAGAACGACAUCAAUGGAUGUACAACGAAAUCUUGAGUCAGCUGUCGAAAAAAGAACAAAAGAUAUAUUCGGGCCACCGCCCGGGAAAAAACUGAUCGUCUUUAUCGAUGACAUGAAUAUGCCAAUGGUUGAUACUUACGGUACCCAGCAGCCAAUAGCGCUUUUAAAACUACUAUUCGAGAGAGGUGGAUUUUACGACAGAGGCAAAGAUUUGAGUUGGAAAAAUAUCCGAGAUAUGAAUUUCGUCGCAGCUAUGGGAAAAUCUGGUGGUGGAAGACACGACGUAGAUCCGCGUUUCAUAUCGAUGUUUACCGUGUACCACGUUACAUUUCCAGCCGACGAUACAUUGCAGUAUAUUUACAAAAGUAUCCUGACCGGACACUUGGAAAUUUUCCCAAAAUCCAUUCAAGAUCUUGCCGAAGACAUUAUAAAAAUUACAAUGGACUUAUAUAAACUCACAAUUACUGAAUUGCCACCAACUCCAUCGAAAUUUCAUUACAUUUUCAAUAUGCGUGAUUUGUCAAGAGUUACAGCUGGUAUGUUGCAGAGCAGUCCAAAUCACUUUAAAACGGAGCAUCAGUUUGUCCGUCUUUGGAGAAACGAAUUCACUCGUGUAUUUUGUGACAGACUCAUUUCAAAAACGGAUCUGAAAAUAGUGCAUGAACAAAUAGAAGAAAAAGUCAAGUCGGUUUGGGAGCUCGAAGAAGAUAUCGUGUCUUACAGCUUGCGAGAUCCUCUGCUAUUUGGCGAUUUCCGAAAUGCCUGCAGCCAAGAUGAAGUCAGACUAUACGAAGAUUUACUUGACUACGAAGCCGUGUACAGUUUAUUCAUGGAGAUUCUCGAAGAACACAAUGAAAACCGUUCGAAAUUGAAUAUGGUCUUAUUCAACGACGCUUUAGAACAUCUCACACGAGUUCAUCGAACUUUACGAAUGCAGCGAGGUCACGCCUUAGUCAUUGGCGUCGGUGGCAGCGGUCGUCGAUCGACUAUCAAGUUGGCAUCGUUCGCGGCCGAUUGUGAACUUUUUGAAUUGUCACCUGGUCGAGGUUACAGUGAAGUGGAUUUCCGAGAUGAUGUCAAGAGACUUUUAACGAUAGUCGGGGUCAAUAACGUGAAGACUGUGUUCCUCUUCACGGACGAGCAAGUGCUCGACGAAAGUUUUUUGGAAAUAGUCAAUAACAUGCUUACUACUGGUGUGAUAUCGUCACUUUUUGCCGAUGACGAAAAAGACGCCAUCGUCAACUCUUGUAGAAAUGCGGCGAAAGAAGCCGGCUUCGGUGUUACCAAAGAGAGUGUAUGGUCAUUUUUUGUGAAAAGAAGCAGCGAGAAUAUGAAAAUCGCUCUGUCAAUGAGUCCUUCUGGCGAUACUUUGAGAAACCGGUGUCGAAGCUAUCCAGGACUGGUCAAUUGCACUACUAUAGACUGGAUAUUCCCUUGGCCUGAGCAGGCUCUACAGGCCGUUGCGAGCGUCACGCUCAGAGAUAUCACACAUAUACCGGAAACUCAUCGGGAUGCUGUGGUUCAACACGCAGUUUACGUACAUGUCACAGUGAAUCAGUAUACCAGUGACUUUUUGACGAAACUACGUCGACCGAAUUACGUAACACCAAGGCACUACCUCGAUGCCCUCGAAAUUUACAUAAAUUUAUUGUCGGAAAAACGAAUCUACAUUGAGGGCCAGUGUUCUAGAUUGGCAGGAGGUCUCAACAAAAUAGCCGAUGCUUCGGCUAAUUUGGACAAGCUCAAUGCCAUUCUGGCUGUACAGAGAGUGAAAGUGAAAAAUCAGACAGAAAAUUGCGAGAAGAUGCUGGUCGUCAUAAGCGAGAAUACCGAGGUAGCCGUGGCUAAGAAGACGCUCAGCGAAGAAAAACGCAAAGAAAUCGAAGAUCGCAACAAGACCAUCGCCAAAGAGUCAUCCGAGGCCAAAGCCGCUCUGGCGGAAGCUCAGCCGGCUUUGGACGGUGCCAAAGCUGCACUCGCAAACCUGGACAAGUCUGAUAUUACGGAAAUCAGAUCGUUCGCUACGCCCCCAGAACCCGUGCAAAUAAUCUGCGAAUGCGUGGCUAUUCUUCAAGGCGUCAAAGAAAUAUCUUGGAAGAGUGCCAAAGGUAUAAUGGCUGAUCCAAAUUUCCUGCGAACGCUCCAGGAGAUGAACGUCGAUGUGAUAACAUUGAAGCAGCAGCAGAUGGUCAGAGCUCAUCUCAAAAAGUCAAGCAAGAUGGAACAAAUGAAGACCAUAAGUACGGCUGGUUAUGGACUUUAUAAGUUUGUACUUGCCGUGCUGGAUUAUUGCUUAGUUUUCCGCGAGGUGAAACCAAAAAUGGACAGAUGCAAGGCUCUGGAAGAAGAAUCACUGGCGGCUAAAAAAGCCUUGGAAAGAGAGAUGCGUGAAUUGCAGAAAAUAGAAAAAACCCUUUUUGAUCUCAAUGAUAAAUACGAGACGGCCAUGUCGGAAAGACAGAGUUUGCAAGAGGAAACGGACUUGCUUCAAAGACGUUUGAUUGCAGCCGAUAAACUUAUUGGAGGAUUGUCGUCAGAAAACAAACGCUGGCAGAUCGAAUUGGUGGAUUUGAAAAAAGAGCUUGUCGAAAUAGUUGGAAAUUGUCUUUUAUCUGCCGGCUUUUUAGCCUAUACUGGACCUUUUACUUUUGAGUUCCGCUCAGAGAUGCUGUACAAUGAUUGGUUAAAAAGUGUCAUAGAGAAAGAAAUCCCACUGACACAACCGUUUAGAAUUGAAAAUCAGCUUAGCAAUGAUGUAGAAAUCAGCGGAUGGAAUUCGGAAGGAUUGCCACCAGAUGAGUUGUCGGUACAAAACGCCAUACUCACGGUUAGGGCAUCACGAUUUCCAUUGUGUAUCGAUCCUCAGCAGCAAGCUUUGAAAUGGAUCAAGAAGCGAGAGCAAGACUCGAAUUUGAAAAUUCUCACCUUUAGUGAUCCUGAUUUCAUCAAGCAAGUCGAAAUAGCUGUAAAAUAUGGCUUUACCAUUAUUUUCCAAGAUGUCGAUUUCGUCGAUCCUAUUCUGGAUAAUGUCAUCAUGAAGAAUAUUCAAACUGUUUCGGGCAGAAGCUUUGUUGUGUUGGCCGAUAAAGAAGUGGAUUAUGAUCCACGCUUUCGUCUUUAUCUCAUGACGAAACAUUCCAAUCCCAUCCUGAAUCCUGCAAUUUAUGCCAAAGCCACAGUUAUAAAUUAUAUGGUGACAAUAAGCGGUCUAGAGGAGCAAUUGCUUUCCGUGGUCGUACAAACCGAGCGACCCGACAUUGAGGAGCAGCGAGAAGCUCUUAUUAACGAGACGUCGGCUUUGAAAGCAUUACUCAAGGAGUUGGAGGACAGCUUGCUGCGCGAGAUCGCUGGAAAUAAGGGCAACAUGCUUGAUAACAUCGACCUAAUCGAGACCUUGGAAAACACUAAGACGAGUGCUUCGGAAGUGUUUGUUAAGCUGGACGAAGCUGCGAUAACAUCCAAACAGAUCGAUCGAUUGAGAGAAGAUUACAGACCAGCUUCCAAACGCGGGGCCAUUUUAUUCUUUGUGCUCGCAGACAUGGCCACGGUCAACUCCAUGUACCAGUACUCUUUAAACAGCUACCUGGAGGUGUUUGUGUUUUCGUUGAAGAAGGCUUUACCGCAUCCAACGAUAUCCAGACGCUUGAAAAACGUCAUCAGAACGUUGACGAAAAACGUUUACGUUUACGGCUGUACGGGAAUAUUUGAACGACACAAGUUGCUCUUUUCAUUUCAAAUUUGCACCCGCAUCGAGCAGGACAAUGAUCACUUAAAUCAAGCGCAGCUGAGUUUCUUCAUCAAAGGGAACGUGUCAUUGGAAAGAUCGGCCAAGGUCAAUCCCACUGAUGGAUGGUUGUCCGUAGCUGGCUGGGAGGAUGUAUUAAAGUUAGCGAGCACCUUUCCUGAAAAGUUUGAAAAUUUACCAGAAGAGUUAGAGAGCGAAGGAGACCAGUGGAAAGAGUGGUACAAUCUCGACGUUCCCGAAUCGGUACCAUUCCCCUGUAACUACAGUGCGAAAUUGACGGCCUUCGAAUCAUUGAUGCUGAUUCGAUGCUUCCGAAUCGAUCGAGUUUAUCGAGCAGUUACCAUCUACAUCAGUGCCACUAUGGGCGAAGAAUUCAUAACACCACCUGCGGUAGGCUUGGAUGCUAUUUAUGAGCAAAGCACGUCUACGAUGCCAGUGGUUUUUGUCCUUAGUCCUGGUUCAGAUCCCACAAAUGAUCUCAUCAAACUAGCUACAAGAUUAGGCUUUGGGGGACCUAGAUUUAGACAUUUGUCACUUGGUCAAGGCCAAGAGCAAUCGGCUAUCGACCUGUUGGAAAAUGCAGUCCAAAAUGGUCACUGGUUGAUGCUGCAAAAUUGUCACUUACUCUUGAGUUUCACAAGGGAACUAGAAAAGAGAUUAGAAAAUAUUGGUAAACCCAGCCCGACUUUUCGUUUAUGGUUGACAACUGACCCUAGUCCUAAUUUUCCAAUUGGCAUACUGCAACAGUCAUUAAAAGUUGUCACCGAACCUCCGAAUGGUUUGAAAUUAAAUUUAAAAAGCACAUACUUCAAAAUGGCUGAGCAAGUUUUAACCUGUUGUGAUCAUCCUUCAUAUAAACAUCUGAUCUAUGUGCUCGCAUUUUAUCAUGCAGUUGUUCAAGAAAGAAGAAAAUACGAUAAAAUCGGUUGGAAUGUCAACUAUGAUUUUAACGAGUCCGACUUCAAUGUUUGUACUUCUAUACUCGAUACAUAUCUAACGAAAAAUUUGACCUUCAAAGAAACUAGAAUACCUUGGAAAAGUCUCAAGUAUCUAAUUGGCGAAGUAAUGUAUGGUGGUCGCGUAAUUGACAAUUACGAUCGUCGAGUCUCCAAAGUCUACAUGGACGAAUACUUUGGGGACUUUUUGUUUGAUGCUUUUCAACCAUUCCAUUUUUAUCACGAUGAACAUGUUGACUACGUGUUACCACCGAUUGGCAAUAGGGCUUCUUACAUGGGUUUCAUCGAUGAGUUGCCUCUGGUUAAUUCACCAGAAGUUUUUGGAUUGCACCCGAAUGCUGAAAUCGGAUAUUUUACACAAGCUACCAAAGAAAUGUGGGCGCAUCUUAUAGAGUUGCAACCUCAAACUGCUGCUGAAGGUUCUGGCAUCAGUCGUGAUGAAUUUAUCGACAGUAUAGCUAAGGAAAUUUUGGAGAAACUUCCAGUUGAAUACGAUAUGGCUAAAAUUAAAAGAAAUUUUGGCCUAUCUGUAUCUCCAACAACUAUCGUGCUAUUUCAAGAACUCGAGCGAUUUAAUUUAUUAAUUAGAAAGAUGACUAUUACUUUGCAACAGUUAAGAAAGGCAAUAGCUGGUGAGAUAGGUAUGGACGUAGUUUUAGAGAAUAUAGCUAAUUCUCUUUAUAAUGGUACGCUACCAAAUGAAUGGGCGAGGUUAGCACCAGCAACGAAAAAAAACUUGUCGAGUUGGAUGGAGCAUUUUGAAAGAAGAAUCGCUCAAUACACUAGUUGGUCUGGUUGCAACGAGCCAAUGGUAAUGUGGUUAUCGGGUCUACAUAGCCCAGAGACAUAUUUGGCUGCAUUGGUGCAAGUGUCAUGUCGUAAGAAUAAUUGGCCAUUAGAUCGUUCAGUUAUUUACACGGCAGUUUCGCAAUAUAUCAAAGCUGAAGAAGUUGAAGAACGUCCUGAGGAGGGUUGUUACGUUGAAGGCUUAUAUUUAGAGGGAGCCCGUUGGGAUAUUAACGAAAAUUGUUUAAAACGAUCAAGACCGAAGAUUUUGAUCGAGGAACUGCCAAUUUUAAGUGUGAUACCAAUCGAAUCUCAUAGAUUGAAACUUUUAAAUACGAUAAAAACACCGGUUUAUACAACUUCAAAUCGGCGAAAUGCUAUGGGAGUUGGUUUGGUAUUUGAAGCUGAUCUGAGAACAAGAGAACAUACGUCACAUUGGAUUCUUCAAGGCGUUUGUCUCGUACUCAAUACAGAUUAA